ACAAUUCGUUUGUUUCAAAGAACCGCGAUAACUUAACUGUUUACAUUUUUUACGUUUCGGGCCAGCUCUUGGUUUAAAUUUCAGCCCUUGUUGAAGUUCUUAUUUAUUUGAGUGGGUAUCUGAGGGGGGUUGUUUGUUAUAGUUUAAUAAUCACGUUUCUAAAGCUCGUAAACACUUAUAAAUAUUUUAGAGACAGUGGUGACGGUUACCAGUCGGUCGGAGUUAGCUAGCUUAUAUGUUGUGAUGGUCAAUACUCAGUGACCGUCGUAGUUGUAGUUUGUAGGAAAAUACGCUACAUUAAACCUACCUCAAUCACAGAAAUGCCUGCAAACAAACGGAUACAGAAGAAAGCACUUAAACUGGUGUGUGAAUGGGGUUCAUGUAAGGAGACAUUUACUCAGAUGGAUAACUUCUGCAAGCAUGCAGAGGGUCACCUUAAUGCGUUAAACGAUGAAGAGGAAGACCAAGACGAUGUAGAAGGGGAGAGAAACUGUCUUUGGAGAGAAUGUGGCUUCUGCUCCAUAGAGGGUCCUGAAGAGUUACGAAGACAUCUUUUCUUCCACUGUUAUCACACAAAGCUGAAACAGUUGGGUCAGCGUAUACUCAGUGCCCAACCAGAGCUUGGCACCUGUUCCAUUGGGUACCAAAACUGCAACAUCAUCCCUGAAAUCCCAGAUAAUUUCAUCUGUCUGUGGGAAGAUUGUGAGCAACCCCCAUAUGAAAAUCCAGAGUGGUUUUACCGCCAUGUGGAGAUGCACAGCUUGUGCAUAGACAUACCAGUGGGAGACUAUGAAAUCCAGUUGCACUGCAGAUGGAAAGAUUGUGAAGCCACAGCAAAAGGGCGUCCUAAGCUACGAGAGCAUUUACGCAGUCACACGCAGGAGAAGAUAGUAGCAUGUCCAGGCUGUGGGGGGAUGUACGCCAACAACACCAAGCUCUUCGACCACAUUAUUCGACAGAGCGCCAUGGAAGGUCAGAGGUUCCAGUGUUCUCACUGCUCCAAACGCUUUGCAACAGAGAGACUCUUGAGAGAUCACAUGAGAACUCAUGUCAGCCACUAUAAAUGCCCACUCUGUGACAUGACUGUUCCAUCACCCUCUGCACUACGCAACCAUAUCAAGUUCCGCCACAGCAACGAGCGACCCUACAGCUGUGAAUACUGCGAAUACAGCUGCAAGAAUCUUGUCGACCUACGCAAACACCUGGACACCCACAGCAGCGAGCCGGCCUUCCGCUGUGAGGUUCCUGGCUGUGGAUUCACCUCUCGUACACUCAUUACCAUGAAGAUUCACAACAAAAGAGAGCAUGAGGGGAAUUUUGUACCUCGGUACAAGUGUCAUGUUUGUGAUCAGUGCUUCACUCGAGGAAACAACCUAACUGUCCAUCUGCACAAAAAGCACCAGUUCAAAUGGCCCUCUGGGCACCCCAGGUUCAGGUACAAGAAGCACGAGGACGGUUUCUUCCGGCUACAGUUGAUUCGCUAUGAGAGCGUGGAGCUGACGGAGCAGCUGAUGAGAGAAAGACAAAAUAGGCAAGCAGAGGACGAUGAGGAUGGCGGGCAGGCUGAGGGUCAGGAGAUGGAGGUUGGGGACUUGGGUGCAGCUCCUUCAGAGUUACAGGAGGAGCUGAGAGGAGUGCUGCUGGAGGAGCAAAGGACUGAGGAUCCAUCUGUCAGUGCUGACGAGCGGAUGUUGUAUGUUCUCACCGGAGGGGAGGACUCUGUGAUGCAGGAUUCAGCUCAGCAGCAAGGAAUGCAGCGUACACAGUUGGGUACUAAUUCUAAACUGCCUGCUGAGUCCAAGUGUAUGAGGAAAAAACUGCCACAGCUUUUGAAGGACGAUUUCAGUUUCACCAACAUGUGGAAAACGGCAAGGAAGGCCUACCUCAGUGAGUGUAAAAGUAUUUUGAAGCUUAAUUUAAAACUUGAAUAAACUUGUUUCACAAAAUUCAAAUUA